AUGUCCAGUCAGGGCUCCACUUACUGCAACUUCUGCGGCUCUAAGUGUGAGAGAGAGAGGACUACAGCUCUGACACACCACCAUGCACAUCAACCCACCUCCUUGCAUCUGAAGUCACCGGGAAUUGCACGCUCGAAAUCCCUGGCUCGUUCUCCCCAUUCAAGCCGCAGAGAUGUACGCCUGUCUCCCUCUCGAGUGGUCCCCCGGCUGCGUUAUUACCACGUUCUGAUCCGCGGUCCAAAAUACACAGAAGCAGCGGUGAGGUGGAAGACGAGAAGGCGGGAUGCGAGAUAG